UUCCGUUCAAUUCAUUUCAGUUGAGAUUGUGCUGUCACACGGUAGGGCGUUAAAUUUCCACGCGUUUAUAAUUUAUUCAUUACAGCAAGUGUAAAGCUGAUACAAAAUUGGUUACAUCCGCUUUUUACAAAAUGUGUAUUAUCAUUUAGAAUGGAUAGUGUUAAAAAAUGAUAUAUAAAUAAUAUUCAAAGCUGCAGAUUAAAAAAAAAGUUGUAAAAUUCUCACAUUCCACUUCGUAGCAGGCAGUUGAAAAUUAAAAAAAAAAUCUUUUGAGCAACUGGUGCAAACCCAUUUGGAAAAGAUAUAUACAUAUAUAUGUACUCGUAAGAAAAGGAAAAAAGAGUAUAAAGAGACGUGAAAAGUUCAGUAAAACUGGACAAAAAUACAAAGUACAAAAAACCAAAAACUGCAACAAAAAAAAAAACGAAAAGGAAUAUUUGAACAACGUAAACGUGACAAAUUGAAAAACGUUUACAUACAUAUAUAAUACACACAUUUGUAUGUGCAUUCAUACAUACCUACACUGAUGAAAGCUUUCCACUGAGGAAACGUUAAAUGAAAUAAAAGUUCGUGUGCUACUUGCUGCCACAGAUAUCUUGAAAAAUCACGUUUUCGCCAGUUUUUUUCACGUUUUACUUUCGUAAAUUUAAUUUUUAGUACGCGCCGCAUCUGGGAGGCGAUUCAAGGUUUUUGUACGAAAUAAAACUAACUAAUAAAAGUGGAAACGAAUAACACGAAACAAAUAAAAAAAGCUUAUAAGCUAAAUACAAGACGAAAAAGUAAUUCGGGCGGUGUCAUUGCAAUCGUUGUUGCCGUCGCAGUUGCUGUUUUCGAGUCAUAGUUGCUACCACUGUAUUAUUUACACGUCUGGGUGGAAAAUUCCAAAUGAAAAUUGACAAAUUAAUAAAGAAAACAAAAAUAUUUAUUCACAUAAUUAACUAAUCAAGGUGAAGAUAAUUUAUAUAAUUUAAAAAUUCUUAAUCAUUGUGUGUGCUGUUCUUGUGAAAUUAUUCACAUAAAUAAUAUUAAAUGUUCCUGGCUAAAGAAAUGAUGUAAAUCUGCAUUGAACUAAUAGUGCAACAAAAUUUGUAUUAACAACAGCAAAUACCACCUAUAAAAAAAUUUGUAUUUGUAUGCAGUUACCGAGUGCACUUUAGUAUAUAUAAAUAACUUAAAAAAAUCUGUAUACCUCUUUGCAUUAAUUUAUAUACAUAUGCAUUUGAGUAUACCCAUACACAAACAUAAGGAGAUAACAAAAUAUAAAAAUAUCUACGCCAUUAAUAUCAGAAAAGUGUUAUCAGUGCAGUACAAUUUUUAAAAACUACACAAUCACGAUACUUACUACGUACUUACGUACAUGUGCUCAAUGUUCUCCGCGCUAGUAGAUUUGUAAAGCAAGGAAUACAGUUAAAAUAAAUGUGUAUUUUGGUUAAUUUCCUCAAAAAGUGUUAAAUACAACUGUGACAAAGAGGUUCUUAAUAAAUAAUAAAUAUGUAUAUACUACACACACGUACAUAUGUAAAUCUGUAAAAGUGCAUCCAGUGAACUUAAGUUAAUAAAUUAAAUAGUUUAAAUAGAAAAUGAAUUAACUGGAAUCUGUGAAAAAGUGAAAUGUUAUGUUAAAUUCAGAUACAAGACGACAAGUACAUGAUUUAAUUGCCUGCCGAUAUUGGGAUCAUUUUUGGAUAUUUUCAACCGUUCAAUAGUGAAAAUUGUGGUGUCGGCUAGCUAAGUGUUUUAUAAUAACUAUUUAAUAAGAAAAUAAUAUUCAUUAACCUAAAACACGAAUCCGAAUAAUAAAAAAGUGAAAUUGUGAUAAUCUAGUACCUGUUCCCGGGAGACGGAAGCUUUCUUCCUACACACACUCCUAUUUUCUCGUAACACGAAUUUCGGUUAAGUGCAUUAUCUUAUCUAGAAAUAAAAAAAAUCAAAAAAACAGAUAAUAAAGUAAAAAAUUUAAAGGGGAAUUCCAACCACCGUAAACUUAUGUAUUACCUGCAACAAUACAGCAAACACGUGUAUUUAAAGUGAAAUAUAAAACAGUAAAACAAUUGAUACCUACACGCAGUGAAAACCGACCUGAAAAGUUUUACAUUGCGAAAAAUCACGACGACAACCUGUUACCCCAUCGAGUUUGCAACAACCUUCAAAAGGGAAAUUUUCGUCCGCCAGCCAAGCGGUAAAAAAAGUAUAGGGAACACAACCACGCCGACAUCAUUGCGAGCCUUACAACGAAGACGACCACCAUUGCAAACCACACUCUUGUAACGGCUGUUCGAAGUGCUGCUGCUGCUGCUGUUGUUGUUCCCAGUCAGCCAACGACAAUUGCCAUCAUUCCACCUCAACUGCAACCAGCAAAUAGCAACAAAAUUAAGUACGAAGUUAUGGAAUCGUAUUGGGGCGAAGCGAAUGGACACGCUCCACAUUCGGUUAAGUAUGAAAGCGAAGCAGCAGUAUCCAGUUUUCCUUAUUGCACAGAAUCUAGCUUAAAUUUUUCCACAUCAGCUACAGCGUACAGCGAGGAUGAUGCAGAAUAUGCCACCGGAAGACGUAAUAAAACUUCGAGGCAAGAUCCAUUGUCACAUCGCAUCAUUGAGAAGCGUCGACGCGAUCGCAUGAAUUCCUGUCUGGCUGAUCUCUCACGUCUCAUACCGCCGCAGUAUCAACGUAAGGGUCGUGGACGCAUAGAGAAAACUGAGAUCAUCGAAAUGGCCAUCAGACAUCUGAAGCAUUUGCAAAGCGAGUGUCUACAGAAAGAGAACGAGUAUCGCAUGGGUUAUACGGAUUGCAUGAAGGAGGCGGCAAAGUUCCUCUACGAGAGUCAUAUGGAGGAGUUUUGUUAUCGUUUAGUUGCACGCCUGCAGGAGCAUUGCGUAGAGUUGAUGAAGAAUGAUUGCUACAAAUCGCGCAACUGUCAUAUACCCGACAAUGUGAGCGCUUCGAGCGGUAGUCCGCAUCAAGCUUAUCAUGCCGCACCGCCGCUCUGUCAAUUGCGCGACAUGCUAGGCAGCUCGGAUAUCGAGCAGAGCAAUGAUCAUAAUGAUGUGAAGGAUUUGAGUUUCCGCAAUCAUUUGAAUCAGUUGCAACGUAAUGCCGCUGCUGCUGCGGCAGCAGCUGCAGCAGUGUCCAAUAACACUAACACCAGCGUCGUACAUGAACAUAGUAGCAGCGGCAGUCAGAACAAUGCUGCCAGCAAUUCGACUACUUCAUCAACGACAGUGUCUUUGAAUAAUGCCACCAGUACGACGGCGGUCACAACUAAUGGCUGUGUCCUGGUAGGGGGUGGUGUGGCUGCAGGUAGCUCACCGCUGCGUCCCCAUCAGGCACCAGUUAUUACGUCGACAGGCCCGGGUACACUGAACCAUCAUAACGAAUCCAGCAAUCAUGAUUUUGAGUCAUCACGUGAACCGCUCUUGCACACUGACACCUCAAAUAUGCACUCACCACCGCCGCGAGACUCACUUUUGCAUCAUCAUGCGCAUCUGAGCCAUCAUCAGCACACUUCGGAUAGUUUGUUGUCGGCGCGCAUGCGUAAUUUCUCCGAAUCCUCGCAUGACAUUGAGCACAACAACAACUACAAGUACAAGAAUCACAUAAAAGAGCGCUUCAAUCACGAGCUACAUGAUGAGGAAACGUCUAGCGAACAUUGUCCAGCGCCGCCGCUGCUCCAGAGCGAGCACUCGCACACACACUCCUUGUCCGAACAUUCAAAGGACGGCACUGAGCCGGAAAUAGCACCCAUCAUGGCGAAGAAGCGUAAAAUGGCUGAAGCGGCAGCGGCGGCGGCGGCGGCAGCAGCAGCCGUUGGCAACGUGAACAGUAAUAGCACGCUGGAUGACUGCGAUACACGUCCGUUGCCAUCUGUGUGCACGCCCAACACCAACAAUGGUUUGCUAAGUACACGCGAUGAAAAGUCUUUCAGUUUCGCCGAUAUCAAGACCGAAUUGAGCGCACCGGCCGGCUUGCUGAGCGCAAAGACACACCUGGGUACACCGAGCAGCACCACCAACAUUUCACCCAACUUGCAAUCGGCGCGUUCAUUCGCUGUGCCCAUUUUUGCUCUGCACGGUCAGGGUACCUACUACAUACCGCUCAAUGUUGACUACAAUGUAUUGGUGCCGUUCCUUAAUGGUGCUGAUUUGCUGGAGAAAAACUACGCAACGAUGCCGGUGGUGCAUCCAAUUAAUAUCAAUGUCAACUUCAUGCCCACUACGCCAUCAUCAUCGCUACUAGCCGCCGCUGCAGCUGCGGCUGCGGUAGCGGCAGGCAAACAACAGUUACCGCCUAUCAAUGGCACAGUCUCCUCGACGGCAGCGGCUGCCGCAGCUGUGGCCAAGGCCAAAUUGGAGAGCAUCAGCAAUGGCUGGUAAAAUGAUAUCGCAAAAUUAUCUCAGAAGCAGUUAAAGUAAAAAGUAACAACAAAAAUUUAACUAAUACCAGCACAGAAACAAAUGAAACGUACGUAAUUACGAUACGUACGAAAGAAUGUGGUGCAUCAGCUUGCCAUGCGGCUGGUCGUAUGUCUGAAGGACAACAACCACAUCUC